AUGGAACAAAGUGGCGGUUAUAAUCAUUUUAAUACUAAUACUGAUACUGAUACUAAUACUACUACUUCACGUGUUAUCCGUAUUUUUGGCUAUGAGUACCAACGUGAUCUGAUUAUCGCCAGGCUAUUUUAUAUCUUUUAUUUUGCUUCAUUUGGCUCAUUAUUUCCUUUGUUGGCUAUUUAUUUCAAGCAACUAGGAAUGAAUGCCUCACAGGCGGGUUUUUUGCUCGGUGCACGACCACUGGUUGAAUUUGCCGCACGUCCGUUUUGGAGCAGUUUUGCCAAUAAAUUCAGGAAGGGAAAAUUACUUCUGGAAUUUUCAUUAGCUUCAUUUAUCAUAUCAACAUUAGCCAUUGGAUUUGUCCAACCGUUGACACCAUAUUGUGUGGUAAAGCCAGUAAAUGUAACUACAAAGUGUUUUUACCUUGAACCGGCUGGACAAACUAUUCGAGGUGGCGCAUUGGGUUAUCUGAAAAAAGCAACCGGAAUUGGCCGAAAAAAACGGAGUGCCCCUCCUAUCCUCGAGACAAUUAUUGAUCUAAGCUCCUACAACAAGGAAGAUGAUGUUGUACCGGGUCUUUCACCGCUUGCUUUAACAAAAGAUCAGGUAUGCAAUUAUGAUGAAGACUUGUACGGUGUUUUAGUUAGUCCACCACACAGUACACGAGUUUACCGUAAACCAGCUGUGGAGCAAGUUUUUCUUCUUCUACUGCUGCUUGUCAUUUUGGGUGAAUUUUUUAGUUCACCAAGUCUUGCUUUAGCGGAUAGCGUCACAUUAACUUAUGUAUCCGAUAAUCCAAAACAGUUUGGUACAAUUCGGCUUUUUGGAAGUUUUGGCUGGGGUUUGGCAAUGUUUAUUAUGGGCAUUGGUCUAGAUUAUUCGGAAACCUUCCGGAAUCAUCCGUGUCCAACGAAGAAUACUACCGAAAAGAACUAUACAUUAUGCUUUGUCGCAUAUUCACUGUUUAUGCUUGCUGCAAUGCUUGUUGCCACGCAAUUUCGCUUUGGUAAAGAACAACGUCCGGAUGAAGCAGCUUGUAGUGUAAUCGAAACACGAAUUGAUGAAAUUGCUCCAGCAGUGGCAGAAAAAGCUCGAGUAAGGCAGUUGCAGUUGGAACAUUCGGAAGGUAAUGCGCAAUGGAUUCCAACUAUCAAAGCAUUGUUUCGUGGCCAUGCGGCAUUUUAUCUAUUGGCGGUUACAACGAUCGGUUUUGGUGCCGGAAUCAUUUUCGCUUUUCUCUUCUGGCAUCUACAAGACUUUGGUGGUUCACCUAUUUUAUUUGGUUUUGCAUCAGUUGUCAACCAUGGAACCGAAAUUACCGCCCAUUUUUAUUGCUUUCAUUUGAUCAAUAAAUUUGGCCAUGUUAAGCUGAUAAAUAUUUGUUUAUUAGUUAAUGUAAUUCGUUUCUUCAUAAUUAGUUUACUCACAAAUCCAUGGAUGGUACUUCCAUUACAAAUAUUGCAAGGCUUAACUUUAGCAACAACAUGGGCAUCUGCAUCAUCAUACAUUUCACUAAUUGCGCCAUCUCAACUGAAACGAACAGCGCAAACUGUUCUAAUGCUCCUUUAUCAUGGCAUUGGAAAAGGAUUUGGGAGUAUUAUUGGCGGUUGCAUUAUUAAAUCUGUCGGUACACGGCUAACAUUUCAGAUUUAUUCAAUAAUUGCAAUACUUGUAUUAAGCAUACAUUAUGGAAUGAAUCGAUUGCUUAAAUAUGAUAAUAUUAAAUACAGUCAUGAAUUUGACGAUGAUGAUGACAUGCCUGUUGCACCUCAAGGGUUACCGCUGCAUCAUGGUGAAAGUAAACUAACCGAUGCAUUCAAUCAAACAUCUGUGACAAAUGCAAAUUAUGGUACCAUCGAAACCAGUGAUCCAACCCAGGAAGCAUAUGAUCGUUACGUUAAGUCUCAUGAGUAA